GAGCCAUCCAGGAUGGAGACGAUGCGAGCUCAGCGACUGCAGCCAGGAGUGGGUGGUGGCGGCGGCGGGAUGGGCACUCUGCGAGCUCUGCGGCCUGGGGUGACCGGGGCCGCCGCUGCCGCCUCCAGCCCUCCCGGGGGCCCCCAGCCUGCCCCUCCGCCCCCGGCCCCGCCACCGCCGCCCCUGCUGCUGUCCGGGGCCGCGGGACUCCCGCUGCCCCCAGGCGCCGCGGGCAGCCCCGCCGUGCUGCGCGAGGCAGUGGAGGCCGUGGUGAGGAGCUUCGCCAAGCACACACAGGGCUAUGGCCGAGGUUUUUGCCCUACAAAAGCGGAGGCCCGUCGGAGUGCUGCAAAGAUUGCACUAAUGAACUCUGUAUUUAACGAGCAUCCAUCCCGGAGAAUCACAGAUGACUUUAUUGAGAAGAGUGUCUCAGAGGCCCUGGCAUCUUUCAAUGGCAACAGAGAAGAGGCUGACAACCCUAACACAGGGAUUGGUGCCUUCCGCUUCAUGCUGGAGUCCAACAAGGGCAAGUCUAUGCUGGAAUUCCAGGAACUGAUGACAGUUUUCCAACUAUUGCAUUGGAAUGGCAGCCUGAAGGCCAUGAGGGAGAGACAGUGUUCCCGACAGGAGGUGUUGGCUCAUUACUCACACAGAGCCCUGGAUGAUGAUAUUCGCCACCAGAUGGCACUGGACUGGGUAAGCCGGGAGCAGGGUGUACCAGGAGCACUUUCCAGAGAGCUGGCAUCCACUGAGAGGGAGCUGGAUGAGGCCCGGCUGGCUGGCAAAGAACUUCGCUUCCACAAGGAGAAGAAGGACAUUCUCAUGCUGGCUGCUGGGCAACUGGGCACCAUGCACUCUUCUAACUGCUAGAUAUUCCUACCCCUACCACACCUCUCCGAGCCUCUGUUUGCACAUCUAUUUUCUAAGACUCAGAAAAAUUUCUGUAAAGACACUCAUUUUUUACACUUUAAAAAACACUAAAUCUAGAUCUGAUUUCCUAUCUGUCCAGGAAAACCAUUUUCUUCUUUCCUGAUCUUUUCUGUAAUUGUUUCAUUUGAAACAUAUCCUCCACUCUACAUGGAGGUCUCUAGGGGCAACCUAUGGACAUCAAUGGACUCUUAUAAUACCAAGUUCUCAAGUUACUGAAAAGAGGUUUUUGAGCUUUUUUUUUUUUUUUUUUUUGUAUAGGGACCUCUGUCAACCUUUGAAAAACAUAGCCAUUUUGUAAGAACUUUGAGCUCAAGCUCACUGUCCUCCUAUCCCAGCCCCAGUGCCUCCUUCCCCUUUGAUUUAAACAGGGUACCUAAGAGUAUGAAACUUCAGGCUUUGGAUUGCCUAGAAAUGGACCUCUUCAAGACCAAGUCAUUCCUAUCACAUCCUGCCAUUCCUCAUUCCUGUUCAGGACAGGGAUGCCUAACUUCUUACGUGUACUUGACUCCCGAAAAAGGCCAGGGGAGAUGAAGUGUGAUCCUAAGUAUAACUUGGAUGUCACUACCAAUCCAAGCUCCUAUCAAGACGAAUCUGUAUUACUCCAACAAACCAGAUAUUUUAUACAGUUCACCCUACAGAGUCUGGGUUAUGGAUUCUGAAAUUUCUAUUUCUUAUCCUCUCCUUCUCCCUACCCUUUUGAUUUACACCCAAUGCUGGCUUAGGGGCUCUUUGCUCUCUAGAGACAACACAAGCUGUAUGCUCAAUGAAACAUACCCAUGAUAUUGAUAUAUAUAUGUAUAUGUACAUAUAUGUUCCUCCCAUUACUUUGUUCCUUAGAAAGGAUGUUUUCACUUGUGGGAGACUUUUCUUCUUCCUCUAAAUAGCUGCUGUUUUACAUAUUGACAAUAUUCUAGUAGUAGUAGUUGCACACAUUUAUAUGAUGCUUUAAAUAUUAUAAAGCAUUUUCCUUACAACCCUUUAAAGUAGUAAGUAGGUAGUAUAAGUAGUAGUAUCAUCAUUUUUUGAAUGAAGAAACGGAGACUCAAAAGUUGGAACUGGAAUUGGAACUCAUGUCUGAAGUCCAGAACUUCUACUACCACAUGCUGUUGCCUCUUACCAUGAUUCAGAAUUCUUUCUCUUCCUCUCAGUUGACCACCAUGACAGAGCUGUUCAGUAAACCGAACUGGCCAAUGAUCUGGUUGGAUUUCCAAUCUGGAAUGUUUGGGGAAAGAGAUCCAGGACCAGCUGCUUGUCUCAGAAAUCCUAAUUGUGUUUCUUUUCACUAGGGAGUUUUCCCACCUCACUCUCCCCUGAGGAAAUAUAGGAAGAAUUUUCUGGAAGGGCACCAAAAAAUUAACUUUGUGGCCUGGAGGGUUUUUUUUUUAUUUGCUUCUACAACCUCCUUUACAUUAUCAUAUAUCACUGUGAAUGCACUUUUAAAAUUAGGCUUGGAGAAUCAUUUUGUUUUUUUGCAGUUUUCUUUGGUUGAAGCUCAUUUAAUCUUGUUCAGUCGUAAUUUUCACUUUUAGAAUGAUUAGGCAAUAUAGCCCAACUUCCUCCUUUAGGUGAGAUGACCAACUCUUUUUAUUUGGGAGAUGUCCAGGUGACUACUAUAUAUGGGCCACAAGUUACAAGUGAUAGUCACAACUUCUUUAGCACCUGGAAUGGGUUCUCCCUCACUCUUGAGGUCCUACUUCCCUUCCCCAAUCCCCAACCCCCCCACCUCUGCCCCAAAUACAGACAAAUGUAAAGAGCUCCUGCUCAGGGUAAGAUCCGAGAUGUGAUUGCCUCUAAGUAGACUAGUUGUUUCAUUUGGUAUUUGAAUCUCCAAAUCACUUACUUGCUCCCUCAUCUGGGUCUCUUCUUUUCUCCUUGUUCCUCUCUCCCUGGGAAAGAAAAGGGAGCUGGUCCCUUGAUCUGCCACAAGCUGGUGAUCUUUGUCUUAUUUACUGGUUAGAUCAAAAUGAGCUUGAGACAGUGUUCAUACUGCCCAUCUUCAGUUUUGUGUCAUAACUUUUACUACUUUCUACAUAUUUUGUAUGCACACUUUUAUACGAUUAAAAAUCAAUUUUCUGUA